AUGAUAUCAAUCCUCAAGCGUAUAUAUCGCUUACCUGAGCCGCAACCGAAACGGUCGAGGCCGUUACGAGUGAUAUGUCUCGGCCUUCCUCGAAGUGGAACGGAGUCACUCAAAGGCGCCCUCGAAACCCUUGGAUUUGGCGGAGUGGCACAUGGCUUCGAAUGGUGGCUUCAUCAUCCAAACCACAGCGUUCUCUAUUGCGAACUAUUACUACUGAAGCUACAAAACCGUAUGCCAACCCCAGAGGUUAUUCGAGAACGCUAUUUUGAUCGACUUCUCGGUGACAUGGAUGCUUCUACUGAUGUUCCUACGGUUUGGUUUGCAAGCGAACUUCUCCAGGCAUACCCCGACGCCAAAGUCAUUCUGAACCGGCGUCGUGAUAUACAGGCUUGGAAAAAGAGCUUCCGCGCAUCGGUAUUACCAAUGAUGCAAAGUUGGCUAUAUUGGAUUGCUAGUUGGUUCAAUGCAGAGUUAUUCUGGGGCGUGUGGCUGACUCGUCUCGGACAUCAAACACUUCUUUUCAACGGCGACUUCGAAAGGAAUGCCGAGAGAGCGUAUCGGGAUCACUACGAGGGUUUAGAAUUGAUAUUGGAAGCCAACAACAGAGAUUAUCUCGAUUGGUCCGUGAAUGAUGGCUGGUUAGGUCUCCUAUCCUUCAGUCGCUCAAGUGAUACAUGGCUUACAGGUAAAAGGGCACCUCUAUGCAGCUUCCUUGACCUACCGGUACCAAGCACGGAAUUUCCAAGAGGCAACAUUGCCUCUGAAUUUAGCCCCAAAUUGAUGACUGUGGAUGAAGGACGGUUCCAAAAAGCUAAACAAAACCUUCUACUGCGUCUUUCUUUCUUCGUGAUUAUUGCGGCUGGAUGUCGGUCGCUUUGCACUUGA